CUAACUUAUAAAAGAUGUUGGUGACGUCGAAAGAAAUUCUGACAUUGUUGAAUGGAGCAACGAGGACAGCACACUGUGAGAGAUCUCUACUGAACAAUGAACAUUUCUGGGACUGAAAGAGUCAAACUGAGCAAAAGUUGGAUAACAACUGCCAGAACAAGGAAAUAUUCAACUCUGAUUGACAUCCUGACAGCUCCAUCUGCUGGUGACAACCUGACGUGACAAUUAUCAUAGUAAUAAUUCAACCCUGUGACAGAGGUGAAAGGAAAUAAAAUAUAUUUUGACGUUGUUGAACAGAGCUGAGACGUCAUUACAAGGUGUGAGUUCUCUGCUGGAAAACACACAACUGGAGUAUUUAAAGCAAUAAAGAGAAGAGACAGAAACCUGGUGGGUCCUGCUUAAAAUAACUUCAGUAACAAAUGGCUGAGAAAAUUUUUCUUGUGGAAAGUUACCUGAGCUGCCAUGUGUGUUCAGAAACUUUCAGAGAUCCUGUGUCUCUGAGCUGCAACCACAGCUUCUGUUCAAGCUGCCUGCAGAGUUUCUGGGAACAAGCUGAAAACAAAACCUGUCCUGUUUGUAAAAGGAAAUGCUCAAAGGAUGAUCCAAAUGUGAACUUUGCACUGAAGGAACUGGCUGACUCCUUUGCUGAGAGACUGAACACCGGACCACCUGAGACAGAAAGAGGAGGGAGGAAGGUGGAGGUGGUGUGUAGUAAACAUCCAGAAGAGACUAAAUUAUAUUGUGAGGACGAGCAGAGAGCUGUGUGUCCUGUCUGUGAGUUUUCUCUCCACCAGAGUCACAAGGUGGUUCCUGUAGAACAAGCAGUCAGUGAGCUGAAGGAGCAGCUGAAAUCUGACUUAAAGUCUCUACAGGACAAGAGGAACAAAUACAAACAAGUGGAGGAAACAUACAACGAAGUGAUUGAACACUCCAAGAAGCAGCUGAUGUCCACAGAGAGGCAGAUCAGAGCAGAGUUCAACAAGCUCCACCAGUUCCUGAAAGAGGAAGAGGAGUCCAGACUGGCAGCUCUGAGGGAGGAAGAGGAGCAGAAGGGGAAGACUGUCAGCAGAGAGAUGAAGAUGAUUGAGGAGCAGCUCUCCUCUCUGUCAGACAGUAUCUGUGCUGUUGAAGAAGAGCUGCAGAAACACAACGUGCCAUUCCUCAGCAGUUAUAAAGCCACUCAGACCAGAGCCAGAGUCCAGUGCUCACUGUCAGAUCCACAGCUGGUCUCAGGAGCGCUGAUAGAUGUGGCCAAACACCUGGGCAACCUGUCCUUCAGAGUCUGGGAGAAGAUGAAGGACCAGGUCCACUUCAGUCCUGUCAUUCUGGACCCAAACACUGCAAACCGCUGUCUCUAUCUGUCUGAUGAUCUGAUCAGUGUGAGACAGGAAGACACAGACCAGCAGCUUCCUGACAAUCCAGAGAGACACCCCAUCUAUACCCAUGUUUUUGGCUCUGAGGGCUUCAGCUCAGGGAAACACAGCUGGGAGGUGGAGGUGGGAGAUCAUCCUAGCUGGACUGUAGGAUUGGCUGAAGAGUCAGCUGACAGUAAAGGAAAGUUAUUUGCUUCACGAGAAUAUGGAAUCUGGUGUUUACAGCAUGGUGAUGGAACAUACACUAAUGGUGAUGGUGAGACUGUCAGAGUAGAGAAGAGUCUCCAGAGGAUCAGAGUCCAGCUGGACUAUGACAGGGGGGAGGUGUCCUUCUACAACCCUGAAGACAUGACUCACAUCUACACUUAUAGAGACACUUUCACUGAGAAACUCUUCCCAUAUUUCAAUAUUGGACAGGCUGGUGAUGCUAAAACUGCUGAUAUCAAAAUCUGUCAGACUGAUAUUUCUCUAUGAUGUUCAGGAAUGUGAAUUAAUUGUUCAGAUCUUUAACAUUCUAAAUAUACACAUGAUCAAUAAUACAAAUGAGAAAAGUCAGUGUCCAGAUCAACAUAUGGUCAACAAUGAGGGAACAGCAGCGGGAACAUUUAGUUUACUUAAAAUAGUAAUAGUAACAAUACGUGUUUUAAAUGUACAUCAGAUGGAAGUUGCUUCACAUGAUUUGUAAUUAAAUCACAAGCAGCUUUUAUUCAGAAUUAUGUGGUUGUCAUUUAAACAGUAAUAGUGUGAUUUAAUAAACAAAGGUGAAAAUUAUAAUACAUAGAGAUCAUAAAAGACAACUGUAGAAAAUACAAGAUUUAUUCUUAGUCCAUUAAUGAUAUAAUAACUGCUAUUUUCUGUCUGUAAAGUCACAUGACUCAUGAACUGAUUGUAUAUAAAGAAACCUGAAUCAGCCUCAAAUCACCCUGAUGAAGCUGAUCAGCUGAAAACAUGUGAGGAAUAAAUUGUGUCAUACUGGAGAAGAGUUGUGCAGCUUGUUAAAUAUUGAUUGAGUUUAACUGAUUGAUCACACUGGUCCGUAACAUAUAAACUGUGAACAGUGAAGCUGUGACAGUGUGUUGGUCCUCAGCUCUGUUACAAACAGCCUCAUUGAAGAGAGGAAGUACUGAGGCUUGUACAGACACAGAUGUGGUGAUGCUGUCUGACAUUAUUUGCUCUGAAGGAGAAUUCAGAUUGUCACUAAAGAUUUGCUUCUUUAAACAAGUUGAGUCAGUCAGCAAGACUGUAUGAUGCUAACAGUGAAUGAUAUAAAAAGGAAUGAUACUUUUGUUUUCUUUAUGUCAUGUCAUGUCAUUGUCCAAACCGCUUAUCCCUUUCCAUGGGGUUGCGGGGUGUUGCUGCUGGAGCCAAUCCCAGCCUUGUCUC